UACGCGCCGAGGGCCAGAAACUGCCUAGCGCUCGACGCUUGCGCUUGCACGAUGGCGAUGCUGCAGCCACUGCCAGGACGCCCGUCGGGGCUUUGCUUAUUCCUGCUGCUCUUACAGGCUGGAAGGUGGCUUUGUGAGGAGACGGCAGCCCAGUGUCAACCAGGCUUCAGUCAACAGACUUACACUUUCAAUGUGCCCAGGUCUAACUUGGAAAGAUAUCGUGUGUUGGGCAAGGUAAACUUUGAGGGAUGCUCAGAAAGGACACACCAACCCUUCGCUUCGGACGACACUCGCUUCAGGGUGCGCUCGGAUGGCGUGGUGGUGGUGAAAAGGCCUGUCCACAUUCGCGAGUGGCACUUCUUCAUCCAUGCCUGGGACGGGGCUGGAAAGAAACACUCUGCCAAGGUGACACUGCGAAGUCAUGGCCAUGGAUCCCACAAGCAGCAUCCUCACGCGGAGCUCUAUUCCCUUGGUCAUGGAGAGGUGCUGACUUUCCCAGUAUCCGGCCCAGGCCUGAGGAGGCAGAAGAGAGACUGGGUCAUCCCACCCAUUGUUUGCUCUGAGAAUGAGAGAGGUCCUUUCCCCAAGCAACUGGUGCAGAUCCAAUCUACUAAGAAUAAAGAGAUGACAGUCUUCUACAGCAUCACUGGGCAGGGGGCUGAUACUCCCCCGAUUGGAGUCUUCAUCAUUGAGAGGGAAACUGGCUGGCUGAAGGUGACCCGCCCACUGGACAGAGAGGAUAUGGACAGAUACGUUCUUUUCUCUCAUGCUGUGUCUGUGAAUGGGCAGCCUGUGGAGUACCCCAUGGAGAUCAUCAUCAAGGUCAGGGACCAAAAUGACAACAAGCCCAUUUUCACCCAGAGCGUCUUUGAAGGAUCUGUAGCAGAAGGAGCCACCCCAGGUACCCCAGUGAUGCAAGUGUCUGCCACGGACAAAGAUGAUGCCGUGAAUACCUACAAUGGGGUCAUCACCUACUACAUCAUCAGCCAGGAGCCCACACAGCCCUACAGUCAGAUGUUCACCAUCAACAAUGAAACAGGGUGGAUCAGUGUGAUCACAACAGGCCUUGACCGAGAGAAAUUCCCCCAGUACACGCUGGUCAUUGAAGCUAGAGACAUGUUAGGAGAAGGCUUAAGUACUACAGGGAAAGCAGUGAUUAUUGUCACGGACGCAAACGACAACCAGCCAAUAUUUGACCCACUCACGUAUGUUUCAACUGUGCCAGAGAACAAGGUGGGAUUCCAAGUUGCCAGGCUUUUGGUGAAAGACGCAGAUCAGGCAGGGACCUCAGCAUGGAAAGCCAAGUACACCAUUGUGAAAGGAAAUGAGGAAGGCAACUUUGAAGUGGCUACCGAUCCCCAAACCAAUGAUGGUCUCCUGACAACCAUUAAGGGUCUGGACUUUGAGGCGAAGGAUCUCUUCACCCUUCUGGUUACUGUGGUGAAUGAAGUUCCCUUUUCAGUGACUCUCCCAACAUCCACGGCCACAAUCACUGUCAACGUGGCUAGUUCAGAUGAGGCCCACCACGCUUUCCUGACUGUCCAUGCACUGAACGUGCUCACCGGCCUCCCUGCCCAAGGCCUGACCAUGCACUUCUCUAAGCUGGAGGACCCCCAACGUCCGUGGGCAGAGCUCAUGAGGAGCAAGACAAAUCCUGAUGGGCGCUUGGACAGAAACAGCCCGAUGCCCAGGGAGCUGAAACCUGGCACCUAUAAGCUGCGCUUUGAGACGAGGGAGUACUGGGAGCAACAAGGAUACAGCAGCUUCUACCCUUAUGUGGAAAUUGUCUUCACCAUCACAGGGGAAGAAAAAGUGCACAUCCCCUUGCUGCUCAGCCCCUAUUCCUACACCACCUACAGGGGAAGCUAGUGGGAGACUGGCCAGCAGGAGGGGCUGCUUCAGCAAACCAGGGUGCCUGUUUUGAGAGAGCUGGUACAGUCCAGCGGAUGGAGAGCUGUGGUUACAUCCAAGGACAGCUCUGGCCCAAGCCUCAGGCUGGGGGCUUGGUCAUGAGCAGCUGCCUCGUAG